AUGAAGAUUGUGAGUUUACCAAAUUUCAUCUCUAAACUAAAGAACCUCACAACAUUGUUGCUUUCUGGCUACUCUAAAUUAAGAGAUCUGCCAUGUCUUUUGAUUCUUCAAGAAUCGAAGAAGUUGGAUCUUUCUGGGACUAAAAUUAAGGAAGUACCUGAAGGCAUGGAUAUGCUGAUAAAGCUAAGAUAUCUUGAUAUUCAAGUGUUUACUCUGAUAGAGAUACCCGCUGGACUUUUACCAAAACUCGUUCACCUUCAGCACUUGAGUGUUUCUGGGAAUAAUGAAAAAACAAGUCUAAAAGCAGAGGAGAUAGAACCAUUGAAGAAGUUGGAGUGCUUAACCGGACAUUUCAAAGACAUCAGUGAAUUCAAUAAGUUCAUCUCCUCAAUGCAAAAAAGUAAGAAAAAUCUCAUCAAGUACUCUUUACAGGUGGGCUUAGCUAUUUUCCCUCAUAGAAGAGAUAAAAGAGUAACAAUUGGAGGAGUACAGAAUUGGGAAGGUGAGUUAAUUAUGCACCCAAUUGAAAUUCAGGAGUUGAAUAUUGUAAAGUGCGACUAUUUGACAAACUUAGUCGAUGAUAAUUCUUCCUUCAAAAAUGCGACUAACUUGAGGAUUUAUGAUUGUAAAGGGAUAGAGUGUGUUGUUUCCUUGUCCUCUUUUGCCUCUUCUUCCGCUCAUCCAUUUCAGAGACUCGAGAUGUUGGAUCUUCUACAUCUGCCAAAGUUGAGUGCCCUUAUUAUGAAUGAUGCAGGAAUUGGUUUAGCAAUAACAUCAACAUUGGCUCUGUCGACCACCUUUUCGCAUCUUAUGAAAAUUUUUGCACGGAGAUGCUCAAGUAUGAAGACGUUGCUUCCACAUUGGUUGCUUCCAAACCUCCAAAACCUGGAUGAAAUAUCAGUGGAUCAUUGUGAUGAGUUAGUAGAAAUAUUGGGAGCAGAAACAUCAGAAGUUGAAGAAAAAGGGAGUGAUGCAUUAAUCAAAUUCCAUAUUCCCAAAUUGAGAGAGUUGUCAUUCUGGGAAUUACCAAAUUUGAAGAGCAUAUGCAGCAAAAGCAGAGUGAUGGUUUGUGAUUCUCUUGAGUUUAUCGAUGUUUAUAAGUGUGAUAAAAUGAAGAGAAUUCCUCCAUUUGUUCCCCUUGUUGGCAAUGGGCAGCCAUUUGCUUAUGCUCCACCUUCUCUUACCAUCUUCUCAUGCACAGAAUGGUGGGAAUCGUUGGAGUGGGAUGACCAUCCAAACUUUAAAAAUGUUCUUCGCUUCAACCCCCUUGGAGUAUAA